AAAUCCAAAUUCAUCGUCAACAAAUUCUACUUUAUUCUACUGUGGAUUCGAAACGGAGGAGAGUUCUUGUAAAGUCAGAAGCGGGGGCUCGAAGUGGGUGAGAUCAGAAAACUUUUUUUCUGGAAUCCAAAAUCAUUAUUUUGGAGCUGAACUUAAUCCCGGAGAUCAAACAGAAUUCUUUUUUGAGAGUUUGAUUGCACCACCCCCUGGAGGAAUUGCUUGCCUAGACUUCAGAUAUAAGAAAUAUUCCACUGCUGAUUCAGUUCCUCUAACAGUGAUGGCCUGGCCCUUCAAGGGGAAACCAGGGAAAAUAAAUAUUAUCAGGGAUUCUCCUGAUCCUGGGACUUGGAUCAGAGCUCAGGUUACAUACAGGAAUAUAGACAACUAUUUCCUUGUGAUGCUACGCGGCAAAGGGCCUGCGCAAACACGUGGAAAACUAUAUCUAGCAGUAGACGAUCUUACAGUCAGGGAAGGCCAGUGUGACGACUAAGGUUUGAGACAGCAGUUCAAACAGAUUGCAGACUGUCUUCCAAAUAGAAUUUGUGACUGUAUACAUUGUUUCAGUACUCUCUGUUUAUGUAAAUCCAUUCAACGAUAAGUUUUAAAUAUUGUAUAUUGUUGUACAUUUUUGAAUUAUUUACAAUAAAAGUACAACAAAAAAA